UUCAAGCUUUCAGCUCCAGUCGGCAGGCUCGGACAGCAGCCCAGCCAGGGUUCUUUCAUUACAACGCAAUAACUACAUCCCAGUCGAGCCUGGACAUCAGUGAACUUAAAAUGGAUGACAUUGUAAAACCAGGGUGUGAAUUCUUCACUGUGUCUGUGGACAGUGUGCUGGGGAUGACGUACAUUAAUGGAACAGACCUUGGCAAGCAGUUCCUUUUGGGAAACCUUUGUAAAAUGACAGAAACAAAUAUCUUCACCGCAUUCCUUAAUUUCUGCAGAAGAAAGACUAAAGUGAUAAAGGUACACAUGGCGUCAACAAGGAAAAUAGCUUCAGUUCCAACAUCCAAGAAAACCUUAAAGGCUGUUUACCCAAUCAAAAUGACAUACAGAAAAAGAAAAGAAGCUUUAGGAACAGAGUUUGUAGGGAAACCUGGAAACAGCAGGAAAAAACAAGAUGACAACUUACCUGCUCAGAUUCAACCUUCAGAAGUACAGAGCACUCUAAUGUCAUAUGAAAGUGAGGAUCUCCCAGAGUCCAAGAUACCAGAGGAGAGCGGAACUGGAGAAACCCCAGAGUCUAAGAUACCAGAGGAGAGUGGAGCUGGAGAAAUGCUAGUCGGGACACAUAGUUCUGAGUGUGUGGAUGAACCUAACAUAUUGCACACUGGUGUCUUUAAGGAGGCUGAUACUUCAAUGGAGGAAGAUUCAGCUGAAACAGAAGAAAGCAAAUGGGAAACAAACAACACAGCAGUGAACACAUUCUCCUUACAGAAUAAAAUAAAUACACCUCUACAAGCUGAUGAAAAUAGUCAUCAUUCAAAUGAUGUUUUCCCAGUUGUGAAGCAGGAGCCAGAUUGGGAGUUGGAUACAUCAGAGAACUUUAACCAACAUGCAUCUACACAGACCCCUACAGAGGCCCGGGACAGUGGCAUUGAUGACUGCGGCCAGAUGGAUACAGAAACCAGUGCAGAAAAGUUUCUAAGUGCUAGUUCUGAUUGGCAAGUUAAGAGUGUGGGGGAGGAACAAAUCGGUCGUGAUAAUGAGGAAAACAAUGAUAUCGUCAUCAAAUCAGAGCCAGUCUGGGAUGAUGAAAAUGAAGAGUUUUAUAAUGUCAUGAAUGGGGUUAGUGUUGGAAAAAGGAACAAUAACAGUACAACAGUUGACAAUGUACCAAAGUUCAGUAUUGAAGAAAGUUCUUGUGGAGAUCUUCCAGAAAAUGAAGAAUAUAUCGAAGAUCCCUACAGUGUACCGAAACAUGAGGAGGAGUGGAGUGAAGGGAUAGACAAUGCAGAGGACCCCAGUAUAGGGGAAGACACAGAAGUGAGACGGCAAUGCGUCUAUAAUUUUGGAGAUCACAUGUAUUUUAUGCAAAGACCUUGUCUUACUGAAGAAAACACAAGUGAGCGACUCGCUGUAAAGAAGUUAGAGCAAGCCAGGGAGGAGGCUGAAGCAAAGCGAAAUGUAAGACAGUUGGCUCUGGGAAAUAUGGCAGACAUCAAAGCAGAGUCUGACGAAAAACAGGUAGAUCCUUCCCCACCCAGACCAAUGAUAAGGCACCCUAAAACUGGAAAAUUCUGUACCCUUGGGCGUUUAAAAAGAAUUGAAAAAUUGCACAAAAAUUUAGAGAAGCACAAAAAUCAAGAGAAUCUUGAGGAAUGUAAAGUUGAUAGCAUUACCAAAAACCCUCUAGCGGACCAGCAGAAGUUGGAAAAGCAGAAUGAAAUCCGUACUGUUUACUUCGCCAUUAAGAUUCGUUCUGAGUGGAAAUGUCACUGUGGCCAAUCUUUCAUGAGUCAGUCAGAUUUUUCUGAACAUGAUAAAGAAUUUCAUAAUGCCAGGCUGAGAUUAUGCGAAUAUUGUGGGGAGUUUUUAAAGGUUCGUAGUUAUAAAUAUCAUGUGAGGUCACAUUUUCCAGAAAGAAGACCUCAGUACCAGUGCAAUCGGUGUGACAAAAAAUAUUCAAAUGCCGCAGGGUUAAAAAAACAUGUGGACUUUUUUCAUGGUGGUAAAAGAUUGAUUUGUGAUGCAUGUGGGAAAAAGUUUCAAAGCCCGACAUCUUUUCAAAGACAUCAGUAUAUUCACAAAAAGAUCUUGAAUUACCUCUGUAACUUCUGUGAUAAAAAGUUUGUGACGAAAUAUGCACUGCAGACACACAAGAGGGUCCAUACUGGAGAGAAGCCAUUUUCCUGUGAAUACUGUGGACUGAAAUUCAACCACAAUGUCAGCAGAAAAACACACAUUAGAAAGGAUCAUCCUGGCCGUGAGAUUCACACCACUGUUCGAACUUAAGCACAGACUUGGGUUGCUGUCGGUGAGAAUUGUAGCUGUACAGUCCAGUAGCUCUCAAGUUAUAAAUAUUGGUAUGGCGUCCCAGUACUUAUGAAUGGGGAGUUACGGAGCUGCAACUACGAAAAUAGUGUACUGGAGUGGAGAAAUGAAAGUCAAUUGUUCUAUUGCUAAUAUAUUGUAUUGAUUUUAUUUCAUUGUUAUUUUCAUGCAAAUUGUACAUUGUGCUUUAUUUUAUAUUUACGAUAUUAUAAAAGUUUAUUAUGAAUAUAAUUUAAACAUCUUUG